CCAAUGGGGAGCUGUCCAUUGCAGGUGCUUUAGCCAAUCGGAGCGGCCCGGCGCCUGGAGACGCUGUUCGGCGGCGUUCCAGUUCUAUUGAGUGCAAUGGGUGAGCCACAGCAGGUGAGUGCAUUGCCUCUGCCUCCUGCGCAGUACUACAAGGAGUACACAGAUGACAAUGUCCGUAAAGGCUUUGCUCCGAAGCCACCGCCUCCCAUCAGGGACAGCUACACUAUGUUUGGUAACCAGUUCCAGUGCGAUGACUUGAUCAUUCGUCCGUUGGAGGGCCAGGGCAUUGAGAGGCUCCACCCCUCGCAGUUCGACCACAAGAAAGAGCUCAAGAAACUCAACAUGUCCAUUCUGGUGAACUUCCUGGACCUGUUGGACAUUCUGAUCAAAAGCCCUGGGAGCAUCAAACGGGAGGAGAAACUGGAGGACCUGAAGCUCCUGUUUGUUCACAUGCAUCACCUGAUCAACGAGUACCGCCCCCACCAGGCCCGGGAGACACUGCGCGUGAUGAUGGAGGUGCAGAAGAGGCAGCGCCUGGAGACGGCCGAGCGCUUCCAAAAGCAUCUGGACCGGGUGAUGGAGCUGAUCCAGAGCAGCCUCUCCUCGCUUCCCGAUGACCUGCCUGAGGCUGGGGACAUCAUGGCCAAGGUGAAGGUUGAACCCCUCGACACGGACGAGUGCAUCGGCUGCGGGCAAGCAGAAACCCAGAUAGACUCCUCAUCCAAGAGUGAAGAAGUUAGUGAUAAAGACGCAGCCAUGUGUGCCAUCAUUGAUGAUAUGACAUAGACACUUCAGCUGUGAAUACAGCCAGACCGCUUCAGAGGAGACUGGUGUUAAUAUGAUUUUGGUAUCGUGCAAGUGGGUGUGAUAAAUUGUCAAUCUAGAUCCUCCCCUUCAACUAUAGUAGGCAGACAGACUGAGGACUGUGCCUGGAGAGGCCUUGAGAAGCUGCAGCUAUUAGUGCUGGUAAUUUCCAUUUGUGCAUUGACAAAGGAGUUUGCAUUAAUGUGGUUUCCUUUACAAUCUGGGUACCCAGCUCUGCUUUGCCUUCCGUGAACUCUUUGUGAAGUGUAACACAGACAAUCCCACAUCUUUCCCUAUUCCCCUGCCUUUGGAGAUAUCCCUCACUCCCCAUUCCUGACUCCGAGUCCACUCAUGGCAAGUACUGAGAAGCCACAUCAAGGGAUCAUCUUCUGUGGUUUUUAUUUUUGUCCGGCGAUGGUUCAAGAAUACGGCACGUUGUGCCCCCAGCAGUUCGGUAUCCCGUGGAGUGAAUACACUGGCUGACGGUACUUUGGAUUUGAGAGUUAAAAUUCAUUUAUCUUCAUUCAUUUCUCCCUCUUAUUCAUUUACCUUGCCUCAGCACCUCUGACCCAAGUCUAAACCCCUUCCCUUCUCCCAAGAAAGCAUGUUUCUUGUUCUAGAACCUACAGUAGUAACCACUUCAGUGAUCUCCUGUUCAAAGAUAACUCGGGAGUGAUUAAUGGGAAUGGAGACUGGACUGAACAACUUAAGGAAGCAGUCUGGAUGCUCCAGAUGUCUUAGGCAAUUGAGGUGACAUUUAUAACCUGAAGUAUGUUCCCUGCACCUUCACAGUGACAGAAAUUGUACAGGUUUCCCUAGUAUCCUGAAUUGUAAUGUUUGUCCAUUGUCUUUAAAGUCCUGCUGCACCAGCACAGACACUGAAUCCUGGAGUCUGAUUCACGUUCUGUUCUUCAGGUGCAGGAUUGAAGGUUUCUAUUGACUAACUGAAUAGGGCAUUGGGUUUGAAAUUAAACUGGAACAGAUCGAGACAAAAGGUAUAUAUGUUGACCUGGAGAAUGUCUCUGUGAUUUAUGCUGAUAGUAGUAGAAAAACUAUCAAAUGGCAGAAGUUGAUACUUUAAUGUAUUCUUAAGUGAAACAUUUCCGUCUCAAAAUAAAGUCUUUG